AUGGUUGCCCUUGUUUCAUGGUACGGCAUUCUUUUUGUAGUUAAUAUUUCUAAUAAAAUAUUACAAAAUAAGAAAGUUGAUUUGAAUGUAGCUACACAACAAUUAAAUAUUACUAAAAACAAACUUGUAAAAAUUAGAAAUGAUGAAGGCUUUCAAAGAAUUACUGUUGAUGCUGCUGAAAUUGCAAAAGAAUUGGAAACAGUAACAAAUUUUGAAGAAAAACAUGUCGGGAGAAGGAGAAAAAAGCGACUGUUCGAUUAUGAAACACAAGAUGAAGCGUUGCAAGAUCCAAAAGAAAAAUUUAAAGUUGAAUUUUAUUUUAAAAUUUUAGACACUGCUAUGCAGUCUAUUGCGGAAAGUUCAAAAUCUUCAGCAGAAUUAUUGAAAAAUUGUAGAAAUCUAGAAGAAAUUUUAACUCAUGGUUCUCAAAAAGAUAUUAGUGCAGCGGAUUUUUGUAAUGAAAUCAAAGUACUUUCUGGAAGACUCCCACAACAAAUGACACCACAUGAAGUACUAACUUUUAUAAUUUAA